CAGUAGUUUCACGUGAUCAUUCGCCCGAAUGCAUUUGCCACUUGAAGUUCAUCCAGUCGUCGGUCGGCUGACCGUAGAUUAGUUAGUACAACAAUAAUAACGCAGCGCGAUGAUAGUCGCUUUCAUUUGUGAAGUCGCUGGUCAGAGAUAAGGCAAUCACGAGGAUCGCGCUGGUUCAUAUUCGAUCGCAACCGAGUGAUAUUUUGGAUUACCAAGGAUGGCCGAUGUGGACGAGAUCAUACACAAAGCGGAUCAAUUUAUAGAGAAUUGUGAAUUUGAGGAGGCAUGCAAUCUGUUACGGCAGUACGCGGAUACUUCACAUUAUGAAAUCCUACGACGUCUAGCGAAUUCCAUAUACUGUCUUUGCCGAGAUUGGUAUCGAACUGAUAAGAAACGUGCGGAAAAUCUAAUUCCUGAAGGUUUCGACGUGUCAUCCAAAUUGCUUAAGUUAUCCCCUGAGAAAUCCGCUUCACAUAAAUAUUACGCAAUAUUCCUCGGAGAAAAAGCGGGAUUGUCCGGACCAAAGCAACAGAUCCUGUCGUUGAACAAUGUGUUAUCCCACAUCAAGACCGCCAAUCAACUAGAUCCUUUAGACCCGUAUGUGUGGUACCUGGAAGGAGCUUUCUACGAAAAGCUACUCCGUUUGCAGUGGUUCGAAAAGCAGUUGGUAUACGCACUGAACAAACAGCUAGUACGGCCGAAGCAUGAUGAUGCGCUUCGAUGUCUACUCAAAGCGGAAGAGAUCCAAGCCAACUUUUUCUACUACAACCAGUAUCUCAUCGGUAAGAUCUACUUCGAUCAGAAGGAAUACGAUAAAGCGAGACCGUUUCUGUUGAAGCUAGCCAAUCUUCGAAUACUCAGAACCGAAGACGAUAGGCGCGCCAAGGAGGAAGCGGAAAAGAUGUUGGCUAAACUUUAACCGAUCACGCAUCGUGCGGGUGUUACUGAGCUAGUAAAUUUACAACAACAAAUAUCGUGAUAUUUCUUAAACUGGCCUUUACUAUUCUAUUGAGUGAGUGAAAAUAAAGUCAAUACGUAAAAAUAAGCACCGCCGAAGGAAACGCUUGAUGCCUUUCAUAACAUUUCAAACAUUUUAAAAAUAAAUCGCAGUUUUUAUUAUA